CGCGCCAUAAGCGGCUGCAGAUUGACGUGGGCCAUUUAAGUUUUGCGGACUUUUAAUAGUCCGGUCCAAAUUAAAUCAAAACCGCAGCUGAGGCUUUGCGUUUUGCAUAAUAAAUCAUUAAACAGUUACUGCUGAGUGUAAAAAUGUCUGGUUUUGACAAUGCCGGUGUAUUCUACUCCGACAAUUUUGGCUCAGAGAGUACGCCCAAUGAACAGCAGGUCAACUACCAGGCCAUCAAAGGGCGAUUUCGUGAGUUUCUUCGCCAGUUUCACGAAGACAAUUUUAACUACCGUUAUCGUGAUCAGCUAAAGCAACACUAUAAUUUGGGUCAGUUCUGGAUCGAAGUGCAGAUUGAGGAUAUUGCAAGCUUCGAUGAAGUUCUUGCCGACAAGUUGGCCAAGCAGCCGGCCGAUCAUAUUGCUUUGUUUGAGGAGGCGGCGACCGAGGUCGCCGAUGAAUUGACCCGGCCACGACCAGAGGGCGAAGAAGAGGUUCGUGACGUGCAGGUGAUGGUUGUAAGCGGAGCCAACCCGGUACAGAUGCGCGACCUCAAAUCCGACGAGGUGGCUACUCUGGUCAAGAUUCCGGGUAUAGUCGUCGCGGCCAGUGGCGUGCGCGCUAAAGCAACUAAAGUGACGCUUCGAUGCCGAAGUUGUCAACAGACCGUGCCAAACAUUCCUCUCAAGGCUGGACUGGACGGUCUCCAACUGCCCAGACGGUGUUCAUCUGCUGAGCAGGCUGCUGCCACCGGCGCGCAGCGUUGCCCCCUUGAUCCCUACUAUAUCGUACCUGACAAAUGCAAGUGCGUCGACUUCCAACUGAUCAAGCUGCAAGAGGCACCAGAGCAGGUGCCCUAUGGAGAGAUGCCUCGUCACCUGCAACUGUAUGCGGACCGGUCCUUGUGCGAACGUGUAGUACCCGGAAAUCGCAUCACAGCUAUUGGCAUCUACAGUUUGCGAAGUGGUUCGGGCGCUAAGCGAGAGGGAGGCAACGAGAAGAAUGUUGGCCUUCGUUUUCCCUAUCUGCGUGUCGUCGGUUUGCUCAUUGACUCGGAGGAAAUGAGUGGCGCUCAGUCGCGCACCUACACACCUGCGGAAGAAGAGAAGUUCCGAAACAUGGCGGCUUCAGACAAUAUCUACGACCGUUUGGCCAAAAGUAUUGCGCCUUCGAUCUUUGGAAGCGACGAUGUCAAAAAGGCUAUUGCAUGUUUGCUUUUUGGAGGCAGUCGUAAAAGGCUUCCUGACGGUCUGACCCGCAGGGGAGACAUUAACGUGCUGCUUCUCGGUGAUCCUGGAACGGCAAAGUCGCAACUGCUUAAAUUUGCUGAGAGAGUAGCCCCAGUUGCGGUGUACACGUCCGGUAAGGGUUCAUCAGCCGCUGGCCUCACUGCAUCGGUAAUUCGCGACCCUCAAACAAGGAACUUUGUCAUGGAAGGUGGAGCUAUGGUACUUGCUGAUGGAGGUGUUGUCUGUAUUGACGAGUUUGACAAAAUGCGCGAAGACGACCGUGUCGCUAUACACGAGGCAAUGGAGCAGCAGACUAUAUCUAUUGCGAAGGCUGGUAUUACGACGACGUUGAAUACACGCUGUGCGGUACUGGCAGCAGCUAAUUCGGUGUUUGGCCGUUGGGAUGACCUAAAGGCCGACGAAAAUAUUAACUUCAUGCCCACGAUUCUGUCGCGUUUCGAUACUAUUUUCAUUGUUAAGGAUUUACACGACUCGGCUAAGGAUAAGACUUUGGCUCGACACGUUAUGGAUAUCCAUUUGAACUCGACGUCAGCGCAACCCACUAAGCCCAAAGACGGAGAACUGGACCUUCAUACACUCAAGCGUUAUAUCGCAUAUUGCCGUGAAAAAUGUGGACCCCGGCUAAGUGCCGAGGCGGCGGAAAAACUUAAACACCGUUACGUAAUCAUGCGCAAUGGGGCCAAAGAACACGAACGCGAAACGGAAAAGAGGUCAUCUAUUCCGAUCACAGUUCGGCAGCUUGAAGCCAUUAUUCGAAUUAGCGAGGCGUUGGCGAAGAUGCAGCUAUUGCCAUUUGCUACCGAACGUCAGGUCGAUGAAGCACUACGGCUCUUCCAGGUGUCCACCCUCGAUGCUGCUAAUUCUGGUGAGCUUCAGGGCGCUGAGGGCUUUACAACUGACGAAGAAUACCAGAUACUUAGUCGUAUCGAGCAGCAGAUCAAGAAGCGAUUUGCUAUUGGAAGUCAGGUGUCGGAGCAGACCAUUAUUCAGGAUUUCACGCGACAAAAGUUCCCAGAACGGUCAAUCUACAAGGUGCUGGCAUUAAUGAUCCGACGAGGGGAAGUUCAGCACCGCAUGCAAAGAAAGAUGUUGUACCGGCUGAAGUAGAAGGAUUAUAAGAUAACAUUUAUGUUAUUAUUAUUGUUAUUAUCAUUUUGGCCAAUCAUGUAUUAGGUAGCCGGUCAAAAAUCACCUCCAAGCUUAGGGGUGAUAUCGGCUAAUAUGUAGAGUAAGGUGGACUAUUAUUUUAUUUCGGCCAUGAAGUGCUGUGCUAUAUUAUAUAUGUAAAUGUGUGCUGUAUAAAUAAAUGUGAUAUCAUGUAUUGAAAUUCAUUGGCGCGGUCUUUUGGACGAUUAAAUCUUGUGUUGAAAGAGGCUAAAGAUCUCUGCUCUAAGUCCCGCCGAUGACAAAACUUGCAUGAACGGAAAAAAAGUUAUUUUACAUUAGAAUUUCUUACAUUUUGAACAUAUAGAAAUUUGUUUUUGAGGAGUAAACUCUGAUUAACACUAAAAGGCCAUUAAAAAACUGAUACUUUUGUUUGUGUUUAGCAUGGCUUGUAUCCUCCUUCGUGACAUUCGCCUUGGUGGAAUGAAAAUGAUAUUGAACAGUAAUGUGCUCUCAUUAUCAAUGAGAUAUUCGUAAUGGCAAUAUAGAUAUUAAACGUUCAGAUCUAACAGGCUGUGCAUUAUGGAAUAAGAUGCCCACGUUGAAACGUUUAGACCGAAAACGUUUGAAAGUAAACGUUUUAUCCCGUCUUGUUUAGACUAUAUAGCGACAAGAAUAGUUUAACAAUAAAUACCAGGUGGAAUAUAGCGUUACUUUCGUUGUAUGGGUUACGGUGAGAUGUUACAGUUUAGAUAUUGAACCAUCUAGGAUUGUAGAGCAUUAUAAAUGCGUAAUUUUCGAAGAAGUCAAUCAGAGUAGAUUCGCUGAGGUCGAACAAAACGACAUUGUCGUUAUAUCGACCCACGUUUCAUACAAUGUAUUUUAUGCGAUGUUUAAUAAAGUUAACUAGAAUCGGGCACAGACUACAACAACUAUAGUUGUUCAUUGUGGGUGUUUUCCAUAAAAAUUUUCUACCACAAUGCAACAAGGUUAGGUUAUUUACGAUGCUAUGGAAGUAUGUAUGUGGAUCAACUAUGCUUGCUUAUUGUGUAUCUCACACAACUAUGUGCAAAAUGGUAAAAUUCUUAUAGUUUCGGUUGAAAUUA